CACGCCUCCGCCGCCACCUCCGCUGCCGCCCGGGGUCCCGAGCCUCUGUCCUCCUCCCGGCUGUGAUCUCGUUCAAGGGGAGGAAGGGGUGGUAGCCCUAAGAUCAUGGAUUAGGAGGAUUUGGUCUCGCAGCUCCUGCCUUUGCACAGGCUAGAAGAGGGGGCGGGCGAACAAGCAGGCGGGGUGGGCUUGGCGAGCAGAGCUAGCAAGCAGCUUGCGAGCGAGAAGAAAAUCAAGGGUCUUCCGCGAGCCUGCCCCGCAGAGUUUGCAAGCAACUGAUUCUCCCUGGCAUACAUCCACAGACCCGGAGAGCCCGGACCCUGUUUUUGCCCCUAUCGCCCCUUCCUCGGUCUCUAUCCCUGCUUGGCAGCAGCAGAACAAGAGUGAGAAGUGUGUGUGUGUGUGUGUGUGUGUGUGUGUGUGUGUGCGCGCGCGCGUGUGUGCGCGCGUGUGAGUGUGUGUGUCUGUGUGUGUGUGUGUGUGUGUGCGCGCGUGUUGUCUGUGUGUGUACGCAGGGAAAAGCUAAUGGAUGUAGUGAAGCUGGCGCUGGAGAAGGGGAGAGGGCAGCAGGCUCCGGCCGCUGUUGCAGCUGUUGCUCAGGCUCCUGCCCUGGCUCUAGCUCUGUCUCCGGCUCCAGCUCCAGUUCCGGCUGGGGCUCCGGCUCCGGCUCCGGCUCCGGCUCCGACUCCGGCUCUGGCUCCGGCUCCAGCUCGCCGCCGCCUCCUCCUCCUGCCCCGGCCACCGCCGCCGCUGCUGUCCCUUCGGCAGUCAGAGAUGCUGCCGCUCCUGCCCAGCAACCAGCACCGGCUCCGAGCUCGCAGGAAAAGAAAGGAGCUGCUGCUGGGCCAGGUCUGCUUCCUGGGCUCGCUCUUGCUGCUCCUCUCGUCCCUGGGUAACUGGGCUGAUAAAGCCGGUUAUUAUAUCUUUAAUUAUAUGGAAACAAGUGACAAGUGGAGUGGGAGAAGACUACUGCAAGAGAAUACUACCUUGAUUCCAGAGAAUACAGAACCCUUGCAUGGUAAAAACUGCACUGACCCUGCUCUCCAUGAAUUCCCUAGUGACAUCUUCACAAAUGAGGAACGACGACAAGGAGCUGUGGUCUUACAUGUCCUCUGUGCCAUGUACAUGUUCUAUGCUUUGGCCAUUGUAUGUGAUGACUUCUUUGUCCCUUCCUUGGAAAAGAUUUGUGAACGUCUCCAUCUCAGUGAAGAUGUGGCUGGAGCCACUUUCAUGGCAGCUGGAAGCUCAGCUCCUGAGUUAUUUACAUCUGUUAUAGGUGUUUUCAUCACAAAAGGAGAUGUGGGUGUUGGAACCAUUGUUGGCUCAGCUGUUUUCAAUAUUCUCUGCAUCAUUGGUGUUUGUGGGCUUUUUGCUGGGCAGGUUGUGGCUCUAUCUUCUUGGUGUCUCCUGAGAGAUUCAACUUACUAUACGUUGUCUGUCGUUGCCCUCAUUGUGUUUAUAUAUGAUGAAAAAGUGUCUUGGUGGGAGUCUUUAGUGCUAGUGCUAAUGUACAUUAUCUACAUCAUUAUUAUGAAAUACAAUGCUUGCAUACAUCAGUGCUUUGAGAGGAGGACAAAGAGUGCUGGGAACAUGGUCAAUGGGUUGGCCAACAAUACUGAAAUUGAUGACAACAGCAAUUGUGAUGCAACGGUAGUGCUCCUUAAGAAAGGUAACCGUGAAGCAAAUUUCCACCGCAAAGCUUCAGUGAUCAUGGUGGAUGAGCUAUUGUCUGCAUAUCCACACCAGCUCUCUUUUUCUGAAGCCGGGCUCCGGAUCAUGAUUACCAGCCACUUUCCCCCAAAAACUCGGCUCUCCAUGGCCAGCAGAAUGUUGAUUAAUGAGAGGCAAAGAUUAAUAAAUAGCAGAGCAUAUGCAAAUGGAGAAUCAGAGGUGGCCAUCAAAAUCCCCAUCAAGCAUGCUGUUGAGAAUGGAACAGGACCCAACAAUGCCCCAGAAAGAGGUGCAAAUGGGACCCGAAGGGAUGAUGAUGUUACUGAGGCUGGCAAUGAAACUGAGAAUGAGAAUGAGGACAAUGAGAACAAUGAGAAUGAUGAAGAAGAAGAGGAGGAGGAAGAGGAGGAUGAGGGACCUUACACUCCAUUCGACCCACCCUCUGGCAAAUUGGAAAUAGUGAAGUGGUUGUUCACCUGGCCACUGAGUUUGGUUUUGUACUUUACUGUUCCCAACUGCAACAAACCCCGAUGGGAAAAGUGGUUUAUGGUGACAUUCGCCUCCUCCACCUUGUGGAUUGCAGCCUUCUCCUAUAUGAUGGUUUGGAUGGUUACAAUUAUUGGCUACACUUUAGGUAUUCCUGAUGUGAUCAUGGGAAUCACAUUUCUGGCAGCUGGGACAAGUGUGCCUGAUUGCAUGGCCAGCCUCAUUGUUGCAAGACAAGGGAUGGGUGACAUGGCUGUCUCCAACUCCAUUGGGAGCAAUGUGUUUGACAUUCUGAUUGGCCUGGGCCUCCCGUGGGCUCUGCAGACCCUGGCAGUGGAUUAUGGUUCAUACAUUCGCCUGAAUAGCAGGGGACUGAUCUACUCUGUUGGCUUGCUCUUGGCCUCGGUUUUCGUCACGGUGUUUGGUGUCCACAUGAACAAGUGGAAGCUGGACAAGAAGCUGGGGUUCGUGUGCCUUUUUCUGUAUGGCAUCUUCCUAUGUUUCUCCAUCAUGACUGAAUUCAACGUUUUCACCUUUGUGAACUUGCCCAUGUGCAGGGAGCACUGAUCCACUUGGCAAGGCUGAGGUGCCAUUUCCUUCUUGUUUCUGUGCAAUACUCAACAUGGCCGGCACCCCCCCAAGAGCACAGGGUGCUUCCGAAGGGCCGUGAAGUACAAUCUCUCCUGCUCGCCGUCCUCCUCUCUGGUUAGCCCUGGAUCCCCUCCAUUUUUCCUCUUUCCCAUUCCCAAGCUCCACCUCUUCACUCCCAUGGGGGAAAACCUUCUGUGUCGAUGUGAAGACUUUCCACAUUCAUAUGAUUUUCCAAUCUCUAUCUCUCUGAACAGUGACUGGGAUUCUAGAAGCACUGGCUGCUACCUGGCCUUGAGCCAGACAGAACUUGCUCCAAUUCCUUCUCUUUUUUAAGUUAUUUGAUGGAAGACUAAUCUAAUUUAUGACUUGAGAUUGUGGGUGAAAUAGAGAAGAAGAGGCUACACUGAUUGUAUGGGGUGUUUUUCUGAGGAUAAUUAUGGGAUUCUGGGUUUGGGGUUGUUUUGUUCUUUUUUUUUUCCUUUUUUCCAGAGAGCCUCUCUUACAUCUUUUCCUCCUAUGUUUUGGAUUACAAUCAAUGAUCCAAAAGUCAAAAGUGCAGUGUUUUAUGAAACUGAACUCAAGGUACUUUGGAGUAUGAGUGGCUUUGCUGUUUAUUAAAAGGAGUUGGUGAGGCAACAGAGAAUGACUUUUUACUCGGAAUUAGAUAUCUCUUAAGGUCCUAUAAGGAAACACAGAAGGGAAAGUACAUUGGAGGGAAGACAACACUUUUCUGGUGUCCAUUCUGGCCAUCACUUUAUUGUUAGGCUAUUUCUAGCUUUCCAAGCAAUAGUUCCAGCCUGCCGGCCUGCCAGAGCCUUUGCCGAGGGGAGCCUUGGCUCGCCCCAUCCACAAGGUCCCAGGUACAGUCUGUGUCCUAAGUUCCCCUGUACCUAACCUGUUAGAGUCCUCCUGUUAGAGUCAUAUUCAGGGUGACCUGGAUAGAAACAAAAGGCUUCUGCCUUUUGUAAAUGAGUUAGAGACACUGGUUUCUUUGAAAAGAAAGAAGCGUACUUUGCACAGAUGUUGUCGAUGAAGUCACAAUUUGCCCGCUCAGUAAUGAGUACACUGGACCCAGCCAGAUUGCUAAUGGGUGAACUUUCCUAAGAGAACACUGCCGAGCUGACUCUCCUCUCCCUGGAGGGGAGCCCCCUGGAGGGUCUGGGGGAGGACCAGAGGAACAGAGAGAUGGCACUUUUCAAAAUGCAGAAUGUGUUCGAUGAAUACUCACUCAUGAGCAUAAGUUAUUGUGAAAGUUUUUGCCAAUCACUGCUCUGAAUAGCCCUGCUAUUUUGUAUGAUACUGUAUUAAUAUGCAGAAAAAUCCUACCAAGUUGAGAAACACCUAUGCUUGUAACACUUGUAUUUAUUGAAACUGUGGACCUCCCCCAUGCUGAUUCUUGUAUUUACUUUAAGCACUGAUCACUUCUAAUUCAUUCAGGACAGUCCUUUCUCCACCCAGCCCCCUCCUUCCCACCCAUCCCCCCUUACAUCCAUACACCUUCUGGUAUGAAAUGUAAUAGCAUAUUACAAAUUUAGAGAAUGUCUUUGUCUAUGGUACAGUGGCCAAUACUAGAAUGAGAAUAGGAGGCCUAUUUUUUAAAACAAACAAACAAAAAAAGAAACCACUUAUUUUUACUUGUAGCAGGAAACCUGUUCACAGAGCUGAUGCAUUUAUCAACUGUGUUACACAUUUGCACUUGAUUAUUUGAGAUUGGUUUUCUUUGGACAGAUUGUGUCUAAUAAACUUCUCUAAUCUUUAGUCUUCAUAAAGCACAACACAUAACUUUGUAUCCAGAUCAGGGUCUGUUUGGCAUUAACUCACUUGGCACCAACUAGCAAAAGCUGUCAUACUCAUCAUGUGGACAAAUAUUCACAUCUGCAACUGCCUUCUGUAUUGAUUUACCCAGAAAUAGAUGUAUAUAAUUAGCUACCUUAAAUAAACAAGAUGGUGGUGACUGGCAGAAUGCAGAAGUGAACAGAUGGAAGAUUGGACACCUAUAAAUCAUAAAGGACCUUUAUACCCGUCAUCUUCUAAACUAUAUUCUUACAUGGCAAUGUGUUUAGCACUAUACUCCAUUUGUGUGGCUAUGCAAAUUGGAAAUGAUGUUCUAACGCUGACAAGAUUUAGAACUUUUACUGUGUUCAAUAGUCCAUUUCAUUUUAUUCUGCCAGUGUUUAAUCAUGACAUGACUCAUGGUAAUAUCUCCCUAAAAUUGGUUUUUGUUGGUUUGGUUUUUGUUUUUUUAAAAAGACCUUGAGACCAUCACUAUAAAAAGCCAUAUUCACAAUCGAGGUAGAUCUAGAGGAAUACUUUCCCUACGUUUUGAAGAACUUAGGAUGGAUUCCUAGACCAAUUUCAACAUGCAACCUGUUCCUCACCUAUAAAAUUCAAUGUAGCUCAAUUGGGGAAAAAAAAUAGUUGGGGGGAAAAAUGAAGUGUUUAUACUACUGGUCUACCAGUAUUCAUCUAAAUGGAGUCUAGCAAGACUAUUUAGAGCUUUAUCUGUGAAAUAGCCAUUAUCUCACAGCAGCAAUAUGUGGCUUAUCUUAAGAAAUAAUCCAUCCCUAUGGCAUCCCUAUUACAUUUGUUCUGAGUGUUUGCCAUAAAUGACAUUAUUGUUACAUUUGUGAAUCUUAAAAGUAGCCUCCAAGUGCUUUAGGUAUUUCAGUUUUGUUGUCAAAAGUGUAGUUAUAAUUUUCACUGCCCCCAGCAAGCAGCAGCAUAGAACAUGCCCUCAGACCAACUUUUAAAGACAAAAUCAGUUAGGAGUAAGAAGCUACAAAGACACCUUGGAUCAGCUGCUACAAAGGCUGAUGAUGGGAGGGAAAGGAAUACAAGGUUAGCUCACCAUCUAUUAGCUUCCUAUUUUAACUUAAGUAAUCUUGCUAAUUAGGUGCUAAACUAUUUCAAGAUUAUGAAUAAAUGCCCUCUAAAUUUCAAAGUCCUGGAGAAAAGCCCUUUUAUAUUCCAACCUCUCAUUACAGGUCUCCUGGUUGAUACUUUAUAAGCUAUAUUAGAAGAAUCCAUAUAUUGGCUAUUACACUUUGAAGAAGUUGUUCUUUUCCUCCUAAGGGUAGGCAUUUGAUAUAGAACUUAUUUUGUCUAAAUGUAUCUACUGCCACAGUGAAACCAUCAAAAACUAUAUUCAUAUGCUAAAUCAUUCAAUGGGAAAUUUAGUGGGAAUACCUAUUUCCCACAUUCCCCAUGGUAUCAGUGCUCUCCUAUAGUUAUCACACGAAAGUGAAAAUGAAAUGUUUAAUUUUCCCAUCUAAAAAAAUGAUUGAGCAUAUCUUCCCAGGAAAUUUGAAAAAUUAACCACAAAAAUUGCUGCCUAAAUGUGAGCCUCUCUUUCAUAAAACCUGAGAAUUCUGCCAUAGAGAAAAUUUCUAGGAUAAGAUUGUUGAGGAACUUGCCUCCCUAAAUGGCCAUGUCCAUAAAUGAAACAAUGCAGCAACAUCAGAGAUCUACAAUGGCCACUGUACCAUGUAGAUCUUGGUUUUUAUUCUUAAGCAAAUCCUUGAGAAAAUCCUAAAGAGUGAACCUGGAGUACAGAAAACAAAUCCAAAAUCCAGCUCCUCAUUUCUAAAGAACACAACACUUUAGUUUCUGUGCUUGGCCCCCCUCAACCAGGAUGCUAAACCAAGUGUGGGACCCACUAGCCAGCCACUUCAGUGGUCACAAACACAGACAGUUGGAUUUGGGCCCUGAGAAAGAAUUAAGAAGCAGACGGGAGAAAGGUGAUAGAGGAACUAAGUAGCUUUUGCCCCUACCAAAGGAAAACUCUGUACCUGCAUUUUUAGAAAUAGUGCACUUUUUUGUAGAUACAUGUUUUGUAUUUACAACAGAAAAUAUGUGGGGGUGGAGGGUGGAUGGGUGAAGGAUGUUUUUUAAUGAUGUUUUUUCUUGGCCUUUGUAUUCUAAGCUCUCUACUUUAAGGCCAUGAAUAUGCAUGCUCUGGAUUUGUGGCUUUGUAUAUGUUAAAUAAUCCAUAUUAUAAGCAUGUAGUCUAAGAAAAUUCCCAAAGCAUUUUUUGUUGGUUGUUUUUUGUUUUUGUUUUUUAAGGAAAGUUGAAAAUUUUAGACAUGCAGGUGAUAACACACUAUUUCAGUUGGUUUGGGGUCCACAAAACAGAGGGUAAUAUCUAAUUUGCAAUGAAUAUAUCAAGGGUAGUUUUAUACCUUUACUUAAUUGUUCAUGAAAACAUUCAGGUAGUAGGAAUGAAAAAAUACCAGCUGGGUAUGUUUUUGGUGGACAUGGAACAAAUAUGUUGUUCUGUGCCAAAAGUAUUUACUAAUUCUUUUCAUGUCAAAGAAUUGGGUGGAUCCAAUUAAUUGUUCAUUUCAUCAUAACUACUGUGUAAUAGAUGUGACAUACUAAUAUUGUGUUUUGAACAGCAUGGUCUAUAAUUGUGAGUCUCAUUUCUCCUUUAGAGUCUGUAAGACAACUCUCUCUCUCUCUCUCUCUCUCACAUACACACACAGACACACACAGUCACACACACAGGUGCACAUGCACACAGACAGAGAGACAGAGAGUGUUUCUUAAAGUUGGUCAAUCAUACUGUUUGUUUAUAAGCAUCCAGAUGCAUUGUAUCAUGUAACUAUUGUCAUAAAGUACAUCUUGAAGUCUUUUCUCAUAAGAUUUGUAUGUCCAGUGAUUUAUUCAAAGUAGAGGACUUCCAGUGUGGAAGCUUUCUCCCUCAAUGUAGAUGAGCAGCUCUUCCCAAACUUAGCAUCCUGGAAAGUUUCCUAGGGCAUUGAGAAGUUGAGUGACUUGCUCAUGUUCAAAGGUAAGAUUUGAACUCAGGUCUUUCUGACCCAAAGUCAGCCAGAUACUCACUACUAUCCCAAACUGCUUCUUCUCAUAAAGUUGUAACCAAUCAAAGCACAGUCCUAAAUUCAUAGGAACUCUUUCCCAGAGCAUCUUACUGAAAGUAGAGAAGCUGGGAACAGAUUCUAUGGAAAGGUAGAACUACAUGACUACAUAGCAUAAAAUGAUUUCCCUGUAGUAAAAUUUUCAGAAGAUGUCAGAAUAUUAAAAUUCCACUAUACUCUUUCCAAUGGCUUAUUCUUAAACAUACAAUGUUGAAUGUUACAAGAAUAAAACUAUUGAAAUUUAUAAACAUUCUUCAGAGGUUAUGAGCUAGUAUAGAGCUACAAUUUUUCUUCCCUUUUUUGUAAGGGAUUAAAGAGAGGAUGAUCUCUUUUAGGGUUUGCUAUCUAAAAGAAGGAUAAUUUCCCUAGUUGGAUUUUCAUAAACGAUUAACAUGUACAUAAAAUUAAGCUUAUAUAUGUACAUACAAUUAUGCUUGUAUGUUAAAUAUUUUUCUACUCACUAGAAAUGGAGUUUUAGAUUAGUAAGUUUCCACUCUGAACCUAGGUUACAGAGAGCAGUUUUUAACCUUCAUCUGGUUUUCUGGAUGUGAGAGACCAGUAACUCUGGUUCAAUAGAAUUGCAUAUAGAUCAUGCAAUGAAAUGAGUUGAGUCUUGGGCACCUAUGGAAUCCUUGUGCUUAUAUUUUUAGACAGGUUUCUUAAGAGAAAUCCUAGAGCUCUUAACUAAAAAUAUAGUGUAUAUUUGCAUGAGAAUGAGUUUUUGGUAUCAGGACUAAUCCUUUUUUUUUGAAACAGGAAAAAAACCAAACUGCAUUCUCAGGUUCAUCAUGGCUUUAUUUUUGAGAACAGAUGUUUUGUUUCAAAAUCAUAGCUUUUUAAAGGUAGGCCUGUUCAGUUGCUAAAUACCAAACCUUUAUUCUAUACUCACUAGUAUUCCUCCAGGCUUUGAUGUACUUGAAAGAAUAUAUUCACUGUGGUUUGUUUCCAGAGAUAUUUAAUCAGUCUACAGUUUCUGAGCAGGUAAGAUAUCAUUUUUCAACAUAGUUGUGGUUUUAUUACUGAAACAUCAGUAAUGUUCAUUGAUGAAAAGUUAAAUAUUCUUUUCUAUUUACAUUAAACUAUUAUGUUUAUUAAAAUUAUUUCAUUUUUCAAUUCAAAAUUUCUAAGACAGAUCAUACACGCAUAGAUUCAUAAGAAAAUGGAUAUUUAGUAUUUAUCUUUCCUUGUUAUUCAUUGAAGCCUGCAAAUCCAAUCCAAUAAACAUUUUUAUAUGUCUACAAUGUGCCAGGCGCUACUUAUGAAAAGAUAAGCCAAAAUAUAGUCUCUGCCCUAAAGAAGCUUCUAGUCUACUAUGAACUGUAGCAUUAUUCCCUUGUGGGGAAGGGAAAUGUGGUACAUUGAUUAUGGUCCACAUCUUUAAUUACUGAAAUAUUAAAUUAUCAUCAUUUAUAUGAUAUGGUACAAAUAUAUUAUGACCAUCUUAAUACUGACUUUUUGGCAGAAAUCUACUCUUAAAAUUUUCCUGUUUGGGGAGAUUAAGGGGGAAAAAAGCCACAAAGAUAUGGGUAUGAUGAAGAUAUAAGAAAGGCAAAAAUGACAGUAGAUUAAGUUCUGAACAUUUUAUUAUCAGUUUAAUUCACAAUGGAAAACAUUUGGACUUAACCUAUAACAUAAGGAAUUUAAAUUAAUCAUAGGAAAACUUUCUUGCUUACAUGACAUAACCAUUAGCAUUUUUCUAAUCUAAGAUGGUAUGUUCAUGUUAAUCUGUUUGACAGAGAUGUUAUGAUUUUAUGACAAAAUAAAUAGUUUGUAUGGAUGGCCAUGUGUUCAUAAUAAAAAUGAUUCACAUGAGACUUAGCUUGCCAUUGUUACUGUCCUAAGAGUAGUAUACAUACACACCAGACACACAUACUCCACUGUUCAGAAAGCUUGGUAGAAAGUCAGAUGAAAAAUUGACAAGAAUUUCUUCAAACAGGAAAGAUAGGACUUUGCAGCUAGAGGUGGUGGUCUGCCCAUCAUUCAGACGUGCAUCAUGCAAGAGUAUUACGCCUAGCCUACUACAUAGAGAAGUGUCAAGUAUUGAGAUACAAUGGUGUGAUCCAUAUUACCAUUUAUUCUGUAUCAGGUAGCAAAGAAAAUGAGAGUUUUAAUUAGUUAAUGCUGUGUACAGCAAAGGAUUAUUUUUUUUUUAGUAGAGGUCUUUUAAAGCAGUAUAUAAUAUCAUCAAUCUGGUUUAGCCUUUUACCUUAAAGUGAGAUGAUGAACUAGGUCAUCCUUAAAAGUCCCUUUCAGUUCUAAAAAAGCUCUGACGAUUUCCUGUUCCUUAAGAAUGAUAUAUUCCCUGGGAAAAAAGAUCUACUCCAAGGAAAUUAUUGCCAACCAGAGAAGCUAGCCAUCAUAAAAUUAAAACCUACUAGUUAUCUCUAUUUUAAUAGGCCAAAGUGAUAUGGGGAAACCCAUUGAAUAAUCCUCCAAUUUCCCUAUUACCUAGAUAGUCUUUCAGGAAAAAUAAGUAAAUAAAUACAACAACAAGAAGGCAGUAAAAGGUUUCCAUUCCUAAAAAUUCUAUGGAGAAACAGAUCAGUUAAAAAUCAUGUGAAUCCAUCCAGAAGAGUUUGUACCUAAUGUGCCUUUUGAGUGGAAAAGGAAAUAAAUUUUGAAACAAUUUAUAGGAUUUUUUUUUAAAAGAAUUUAUCCAAAAGUAAGAUGCUGACCAAAAUUUUUAACUCUUUUUAUUUUUUUUAUAGAAAGGAAUUCUAUUCCUUAAAUAUUUUAACACUGGUUGACAGGCUACUUAUAACACAUUACUUACUAUUAUAUACACUAAUUCCAAGACAAGACUAUAUGACUAGAGCCAGUAGUUAGUUUUCUCCUGUGCAUUCUCAGGGAAAUUGAUGUCAAUUAUUUUAUCAUUUCUUUUCAGAAUUAUUGUUUAUAAUUCAGCAGGUCUGGAAAGUAAUCAUCCCCCUUUUCAAAAGCUGAUAUGUUCCUCUUCCCUUACUUUCUUUAGUACCACAUGCUUCAUUGAAGAUAGUACUGAUACACCUCAAUGUUUUGCAGAUUUUUCCAACUUUCCAAUUGAUCCCACUAUACUUGAGCAUUGGGUUGAAGGUACCCAAAUAGAAUACUAUUGCUUGGUGCUGAUAAAUCAGUCCAAGCAUAAGAGUGAUUGUAGCUAUGAAGAAUCAAAAGUGGAUAGUGGUAAGAGUGGAUAGCUCACUUAACAACAAUACAGUGUAGCCAAAGAAAGAAAAAAAAAAUAUGUUUUAAUUCCUAAUAAUGGGAGAGACAUGGCAGCAAUAAAAAAAAUAAAAAUAAAAAAAAAAGAAGAUUCCUAUGCUUUUGAAUGCAAGUGUUCAGUGAGGACUUUGUGGUAGAAUUGAGAUAACAAUGACCUAGCAGACUAGAAAUCGGGAUAUUAAUCUGCCACUCAAUCUACCACUAACUGUAAUCUUGAACAAAUAAUUUUAAUUCCUUGAAAUUCUAUUUUAUCUGUGAAAUGUUUUGGGUAGAACUAUCUAUGCUCUCAGAGACAUGCAUUGUAAAGAAAAUAAGAGAUACACAAUAGUUAACAUAUAGUUUAGAUUAUCUGGUACAUCUAUGCUUGGAAUCCUGUUAUUGAUCCUUAUCUUUUUGGCAGUUCUUCUUAGGAAUAGAGACCUUUGCCAGAGUCUGAUCCUGUAUUAAUCUCAGGGAAAUUUUUUAGAGUUUCAGGAAACAAAAACUGAACUCCUUGUUUUAAAAGAGAUUGGUUGAAUUCAUUUCCCCCAUUGCAAAGGUAUGGAAUUUCAAUCACUACUACUCAGCAAUUGCUCAGUCUCUGAGAAAAAAAAUGCCCAAGAGGUCCCCUCCAUUUCUGAAUAGUAGCAACUUGUGGACCAAAAUCUAAGACAGUUUGUCAUGUGUAUAGAAAUGAAUUGAAAGGACUGAAUUCUUGGAAUUAAGAGGCAAAGUCAAGCACAGUCACUUUUAUCCUUGACUUUUAAUAAAUGCUCAAUGACUUUUAAAAGUAUGUUUCUAAGUCCCAAGAAUAUGUAUUGAAAAGACAAAAGUGAGACCAAGAGUUGAAGAGUGCAUCUGCUAUUUUCUUGGCCCCAUAGGAUACAAUUCACCCAAGUGAUUCUAUUGUUUAGCAACAUAACCAUACUAAAUGAUGUCAUGUAAAGAAUAUCAUUUUGAAAAAUUGAUCAUCCAUUAAGAAGCUCUUAUGUUAUUUUUCCUAAAGAAAAUAAAGUGUUUAGCCAUGACAUUUACAUUAUAUACAAAUACACUAUUUGAUCACUAUUUUAAGGUGGUCCCAAUAUAAUUUAUUAGAGAUCAUAAGAUUCUGAUGAUCAUAAAGAAUAGAGAUAGACCAAAACCCUGCUAUUGACCAACCAAAGUGAGAAAAGCACAUUCAUUCUUGUGGUAUAAUGUAUUGGUAUCUUAAUAUUAGAUUACAAAGCUGUCGCUUUCACCAUUCUGAAAUAUGUCAUGCAUGGGACAAAAUGAGCAUCUAAUAUUAGCCUUUCUUCUCUAGCAGAUUUUAAUUCUUAUUUUUAGAUAUUGAGAUAAGUUAAGAUUUAUAUCCAGCUACAAUAUACUGAAUAUGUUUAAAGUUUUUUUAAAAAACAAAGCUCAAUGGUAGCUGGCUGCCAACAAAAUAAGAAAGAGAAUCUAUUGACAAAAUGGUAAAGAACAUCAGUAUUUAGGAUGUGUGUGUGUGUGUGUGUGUGUGUGUAUGUUGUAUGUGUACAGAAGAUAAUUUCUAGCAAUUUUUCUAUUAUUCCUGAAUAUUGAAUUCUAAUUUCAUCCCAUGUCUAAAUUUACAUUACCCAGUAACAUUUCUAACCUGUUUUUUCUAUACUACAUUUGUUUUGGCCAUUUCCUUACCAUGCUGCUUCCACACUAGCCUUCAUUCUCAUUUCCUGCCCUACCAUUGGACUUUGCUCCCUGGAUCUCCAGUUCUGACACCUGAGCUUUCAUGUUGCAGGAAACAGGCCUCUAAACCUUGUCCUUCCCAUUUCUAUACCAUGCCACUUUGCUCAUCAUCUCCCCUCCCUCCCCAAAAAAGCUUCCCUCUCCAUAUUGUUCUCCUAACUUUUUAGUUUCAGAAAUAUUCUUGCUUGCAUCUGUAUCCCCAGCAUAAAUAGAAAACAAGAAAUAUGGAAAACAGUGUUUAUAUAUUUUAAUGUAUUUGUAGAAUUAGAGAAUUUAAAAUAGGAUGGACUGGUCUAAUGUUAUUUUUCUUGGAGAUGUAAGUCACACAUUAACAAUAGUUAUCCUGGAGAAGCCUAAAAUCUAAAGAGCUAUUUGGGUCCUGGCAGCCCCAUUUUCCACCUGGAAUAUUUUGGCCAAGUCCUUUCCCUUCUCUGAACCUUAAUUUCCUCAUCUAUAAAUAAGAUUAGGCCAACUGAGCUCCAAGGUCCAUUCCACUUCUAAAUCCUAUGAAUUUCUAAAACUUUAAUUCGACUCAAUUCAACUGUUAAGAAGAGCUCACCAUCUUCAAGUCACUUGGAAGACAAAAGCAAAACUGUUCCUGCCCUCAAUAAAUUUACAUUUUUACAAAGAUAAAUCUAUCAAAUUAGUUAUUUUCAUUUGCCCACUGAUCUCAUACUUCUUACUAAACCACCCAGGGCAGGGGUGUGACACCCAAUGGAAAAAGGGCUGUAUUGGGAAUUCAAAACAGGUUUUGAAUCCAGACUUAGACACUUAAUACUUUUGUGAAUCUGUGAAUAAGGCUCUUAUUCUCUCGGGGCCUUUUUCUUAUCUAUGAAAUGAAGACCUUGGGGUAGAAGUCUAAAGUCCCUUACAACUCUGAAAAUCAGUGAUCCUCUAAGCAAUCACAUGUUGGGAAUGGAGAGUUUUCCUCCUGUACAGGGCUGCCUUGUUCUGUGAAUCAAUUAUCUAAUUUCUUCUUGGAAUCCAAGUCAUUCUGAUUUCUGCCUGGAAUAUGAAAUUCUUCUCACUUUGGCAGACCAAGUUUAAAUUUUGAAAUCUAAAAAAAUAAAUAUCAGAAAGCCCUCCUAAAGGCCCUUUUCUACUGCCUCAUCCCCUCUUGUCAAGUGAAAGGUCUAUUUUAAAUGAUAUUUCCAUAUUUUUAUCAGGCAUUUCUCUGGUUAGAUAUCAACUGGUUUUCUCUUAGGCAUCACUUCAAAAAAGAUGCAAUGAAUGCAGAUAGGAUGAGGCAAUCUUCCACCCAACUUUGCAACUAGACCUGCCAAAAACCCAACAGUCAGCAUUUUCCUGAUAAGCUCAGGAUACUUUCACUUAUCCUUCCCUCCUUCCAGUGACAGGUUGAGUAUUUUCAAUGAAUCAAUUAUCUGAAGAAAUGCAUAAAAAGUGCUAUAGAUUAUUUAAUGGCUACUUUUGGGGGAAGGGAAGCAUAUAUAUUUGCCAAGUCAUGAUGCAGGAAAAAAAAAAAGUUUUAUGUCAGCCCCUAAAAUAUUUGCCCCACUCACAAGAUAAUACAAACCAAUUUGCUGAUAUGCCUCUCUUCCUAAGGACAUCAAUGACUUUAAUAUCUGUGAUAUAAUUCAGAAAUCACCAAUCCUAAGAGAAAACAGAUUAGUGAAAGAGACAUAGAACAAAAUGGAAAAAACUGAUUUUAAUGAAAUACAAAAGUUAAUAAUUCAUUUAGGAAAAGCUUGCAAUUUGAUGAGCGAGACCUCUAGCAGAAAUAAUGAUCACAAAGAAACUCUGUUCCAAAUCCUAAGGUCCUCCCAGAAAAGAAUCACAUCAAAUUUUCAAGAACAACCUACCCAUUUCUUUUUUUAAGAAAUGAAAUUCAAUUUCAUUUCAAUUAUCAAGCAUCUUUUCCUCCCCCCCCC